GCUACCGGAAAUAUUAAUAUAUUUCCAUGACGACGUUGUGAUACUAAACAAUAUGGCGCCCUAGAAGUGAUAAAUGCAGUAAACAGCCCGUUUAAUAAUGACAUUUUGCAGAAAAUAGACCUGACUUGUUAAAAUGUCACACAGCACCUACAACAAACAAUGGGCGGAGGCUCAGUCGGCUUUGAUGGACCUUCUGGUGCAGGAGAUACCAGCCGAACCUCCAAAACCAGAAAGAGAUCGCCUUGCUGCCUUUCAACUGCUUGCAACCAUGUACAUCAAAUACAUCCAGAUCUUCCGUAAGCUGGAAAUGAGUUAUGAUCAGGUUGUUCAUCCUCAAAAGAGAAGAGUACUACGUCAUGUGCUAGAUGGCACUAUGGGAAGAAUACUCGAGCUUAAACAUGAGAUGGUGAACCUUGAGUUCUCAGAGUACCACUACUUUGAUGACGUGCUUUCGGAUCUGAAACUGACACCUAAUGAUGUAGAGAUUCCAAUCCCCAAGUACUUCACCAAUGAGAGGAUGGAAGCAUUAAAAGAACGAGAAAAAUUGCUGGGCCAAAUUCUCACCAAACUCGGACCUCAGGACAAAGACACGAAAGAAGAAGUCAAGAUGUCCUUUGAGGAGGCUAUAAGGCUGAUCCAGAUUCAUGAAAGAGCGCGACAGGGUCGCCUGCGUGCCAAGUUCAUGAAGGAGAUUCGAAGGCAAGAAGAGAGCGAGAGAGAGGCCGCCAGGCGUGGUGCUCCAACACUUGAUCCAGAUGUGGCCGCAACCAGAAUCCAGAAGGUAUGGAAAGGCUUUUUCCAGCGUAGAAAAACAAAGAAAGAAAGGGAAGAAGAGAUGAUAUUUAUUGGCAUGGCCCCGCCCCCACUACCUCCCAGUGUCAAGAACACCCCGCAAGCCCUGUCAAGCAAGACAGAACAGCAGCGACGCCUCACUCAAAAGAUGCAUGAGAACGAGUUUCAGCAGGCACUCGUCACAAUCAAGGACAAGAUCCGGGAGUCAGAGGGGCCAGAUAUGAAGGAGACCAUGAUGGACCAGAUCAGGCAGUGGUUCAUAGAGUGCAGGGAUGCCACUGGCAAGUUCCCUGAAUACCCAGACGCUGAUGACGGUGGAUCCGCCAAUAUUUUCAAACAGAAGGAUCCUGCGGAGGUGGAGGCCGAGCUUGCUGGAAAGGAAGAUGGUAAAAAGGAUGGAAAGAAGGGAAAGAAGGGCAAGAAAGGCAAAAAAGGGAAAAAAGACAAGAAAGGAAAGAAAGGCAAAAAAGGGAAGAAAGGAAAGAAAGGCAAAGGCGGAGAUGAUGAGGAGGAGGAGGAGGGGUGGAAGAUGGCGCCGUCCACAUUCAUACCUGCUGUCAACGAGGGAACAGAGACAUACAAAGGUGUGUGGCAAACGCGUAAUGAGGCGGAAAAUUUCUCACAAAAGCACGACUCUGAGCUUAUCAAGGAGGAAAAGAGAAAGGAGGUAGAAGAGGAAAUCAGAGUACAAGUUGAUGAAUUGAUGAGAACUGAGCUGAAAAAUCUGAAAGCUGCUGUAGAUCGAGACAAGGGAGGCAAAAAGAAGAAGAAAUCAGGAAAGAAAAAGAAGAAAAAGAAGAAGAGUGGAAAGAAGGGCAAGAAGAAGGGAAAAAAAGAAAAGGAUCUGACUCCAGACAGAACCAUAGAGUCCCUGUACGAGGAGCUGGUGAUGCAGGGUAUCAUAGUGCGCAGUCCCCCGAUACGGCUGGCAGACUUUGAGGGCGAGUACAGCUUCCUGGGCACCACACUCCGCCAGGCAAACAUCGAGCCCAUGCCUUCACUCAGCGACGUGCGCAGGCUGGUCACAGAGUUUGGAAUUCUACCGCUAGGUUCCCCAGCAGUGCAUGAGCAGGCCCCCCUGACCAAGUCAAUCCUCCUGGCAGGGCCCCACGGUACAGGCAAGAAAAUGUUGGUGCACGCCAUCUGCAAUGAGACCGGCGCAAACCUGUUUGACAUCUCCCCUGCUAACAUUGUGGGCAAAUACCCGGGCAAGGACGGCCUCAAAAUGCUUAUGCAUCUUUUGUUCAAGGUUGGCCGGGCCCUGCAGCCUUCUGUCUUCUAUGUGGGCGACUGUGAGAAGAUGUUCAAGAAGAAGAUUCCAAAAACAGACCCAACUGAUCCAAAACGUCUUAAGAAGGAACUACCAAAAGCGCUGAAAACCAUCAAAGCGGAUGACCGUCUGCUGUUGAUUGGCACGUCUCGUUGCCCGUUUGAGGGGGAGAUGAAGCCCUUGACGACCUGCUAUCAGCGUCUCAUUCUCAUCCCCAGGCCAGACUACGCCUCCAGGCAUUUAUUAUGGCGGCGUCUGAUCAUCAAGAACAACGGAAUGAUCAUGAACACCCUGGAUGUGAGCUCACUCGCCAAGGUCACCGAUGGUUACACGCCAGGUCAUAUUCAGACGGCUGUGGGGCAGGUUCUGACGGACCGACGUAUACAGCAGCUCUCCAAGCGCCCCCUACAGGCAGUUGAGUUUAUUGCCCCACUCGCUCGCAUUGACCCCAUUUAUAAGGAGGAGGAGGAGUCAUUCAAGGCGUGGUAUGCCAAGACGCCUCUCGGCAAGAAGCGAGCCAGGGCAGCUAAAGGAGACGAUGAGGAGGGUGGUGGUGGUGGAAAAGGGGGCAAAGGGAAAAAGGGCAAAAAGGGAAAGAAAGGAAAGAAAGGAAAGAAGAAGAAGAAAUAAGCUUUAGUCUUACAGUUAAACAUGUGUUACAUCAUGUUCUAUUUGAGCUGAAGAUAUGUUUUAAUAAAUUAAAAUAUAAACUGAAACUGCUUUUAUGGAAUUAAGCAUAUGAUUAAUUGUGAUAACUGUUGUGUGAUAAAUGUGUGAUAUGUUUGUUAAACAUUUUGCAAUAUAUGAUAUUGUUGAUAAAUAUGCAAAUAUUUGCAUUUAUGCACUACAAGAACUGCUGAUGUGGUAUUAAGUAUUAAAGAGAGUAAAGUAUAAGCUUCAAUUAAUAGUUAUUUUUUAUAUAGAUACCUAGUUUUAUAUAAUAAUGUGGAGAUGGACCUUUUUAUUACAAAAAUAAUUUUGCUAUGCCUUACCUUACUAGCAGAUCCUCUGAACAAAAUAUUGCUGUAACAUUAGGUUGUGUGUAUAUUAUUCAUCUUUAAUAAUCCGUCCAAUGUCUGUGUUAAUGCAUGUGUAAAUACACUUACAAACUAACAAAA